CGGGGCGGAGCCGCGCGGGGGGGGCGCAGAAUUGGGGGUGCAGGGCCGGGGGAGCCGCCCCGGCUGUGCGGGGUGACCCCCCUGCCGGCCCCGACCGGGGCUCCCCGGGCACCGCUCCCGGCGUGCGUGUGCGGUCCCCGCGGCUCCUGCCCGGCCGCAGGGCUCGUUACCGGGGCGGUGGGUUGUUACUGGGACGUCCCGGCCGGGGGGCCGGGCACCCGCGUCCCGAUGCCGAGCGGAGCCGGUGCUGGGCCAUGAGUAACGCCACGGCCCCCACGGCCCCGGGCGCGGCGGGAGACCCGCUGGUGGGCUACGUGCUGGGCCCCUUCGUCUUCGUCACCCUGCUGGGUGCCGUCCUGGCCGCGGUGAGUGGGGCACGGCCGGGGGGGACCCUGUCCCAGCCCCCGUCACUGCCCCCGCUCUCCCCGCAGGUGAUGUACGUGCAGAAGAGGCGCAGGUUUGACCGGCUGCGGCACCGGCUGCUGCCCAUGUACAGCUACGACCCGGCCGAGGAGCUGCAGGAGUCGGAGCAGGAGCUGCUGGUGGAGGACGCGCGGGUGGGUGGUGCCCGGCUGGGGGGACCCCUCGCCCCGCCGCCCCCCGCGCGGCGACUGGACGGCCUGAAGCUGCCGCCGGAGCCCGGGGCCGGUUCAGCCCGGCGCUGCCUUCGGCCCCUCGGGAGCGGCAGGACGGGCCCGCGGCAGCGGCGCCACCCGUGAGCACUGAGCGCAGCGGGUGAUCCCCCCACGCUGUUUGUGCCGUGUUCUCGCCGCCCCCCCACCGCGCUCGGGCAGGAGCCGGGGCUGGUACCCGGGCAGGCGCCGCGGGGCGGUGCGGGGCUGUGCGGGGCGGGACGCGCGUCCUGGCACAAAUAAACGUGUUUUCUGCAAUCGGCCAA